AUGUUUCUUCCAGUGCAGCUACCUCAACAACUACAUCUGCUAGUUCUACGUGUAAGGCUCCUUUCAUUCCAGAAUGUGCCGGUGUCCUCAGGUGGUGUAGCCAUGGAUGUAGGUACAACGUUGGGUCCUGUAGUGCAAGGCCGUGCAAUGAGUUACCAGUCAAGUUCAACUCCUACUUGCACAUCUAUUCCCGAUGGAUCUAUUCCAUCUAGUACUCCUGGGCAAUCUGGUCCGAUGCUAGCAUUACCAGAUCUAACAGGACGAGGUCAAAACAAUGCGUCGCCAAGAGGUGCAAGAGGAGGGCGUCGCAAAGCAGCAGGUCUUUUUACACGUUCUCAAGGUACUACUUGUAAACAACGGCAGCAAACUGUUGAUCAGCUAGCUGUAGCAGCUGCAGCUGCGCAACAACAACAGCAACAAAUGGGUAGUGCCGUUGGCUGUGUGGAGGUCCACCUCAGCAGCCUACAUACCCGAGCACCUGGGCUACUGGCCCACAGCAAACAGGUGUACCGCAGCAGUUCGCAUCUGGGCCUUCAGCGCCUCCAUCUGGUACGCAAGCAGCACCGCAAUGGGUACUCAAACAACAGAAGAUUCAAAAAUGAAGAUUCACUCAAUGAUCUUGCAAAAGCGACAAGCGCAAGCUGCUACUCCAGUAUUAGCGAAACAGUUAACAGUGUAAUACAAGUCGAAAAUUUAAUCAAUCCUACCAAACGUUCAACAACAGUUUAUCGACCGCCACAAUAUGGUGGUAAUAUGAUAAUGAAAGUUGAAACGGGUGCUAACUCUAUGCAAAUGGUUGAUCAUACGCAGCAGCAGCAGCAGCAGCAACAACAACAACAGCAUCAAUAUGCCCAACAGCAACAACUAAUCCAAAUGCAGCAGGAUGUCCAAGGAGGUUCCCAAUAUGUUUUACAUCAACAACAACGGGGUGGUAUAGCUUACGGAUAG